AUGGUGUUGAAGCCGUUGUGGUUAUCAGCAGAGUAUUGUACUGUGCGCACUGAGCCAUCGGCAACGGUAUUCGCCGUGAACGACGUCACCGUCGCGGCUAUCAUGCUGGAACUUGUUGUCAGUGUAUCGUCGGCCAGAGAUGAGACACAUCCAUAUCUGGCUAGCGAUAAGUCGCGCCGCAGGUGCAACGUGGCUGAUUAUGGGUGCGGAGUAGUGUGCUGGGGCGCUGGCGUAAGCUACGGGGGCAAUGCCGUAUGCGGCACGGGGUUGUUCAUGACGCACGAUGUUCUGGGAAGAGACGGCGUGGCCGGUGGCGAUACGGGCGGGAGCGGCAUAAGUGGCAACAGGGGCAGCUUGGUAGGCGAGGGGAGCAGCAUGAAUGGCCACUGGGGCGGCGUGGAUAGCCUGGGGCUGGUCGUGUCGCACGAUGCUCUGGGAGGAAACGGCUGCGGCCGA